CAAAAAACACAAUGUCGUCAUAAUUAGAAUUCAGUUGAUUUUACUUCACACCAAACAGAUAAAAUUAAAUUAAAUUAAAUAAAAAAUCACAUUUUCAGACCAGAAAAAACCACCUAAUCGCUGACUUCUCACCAGCAACACCCAACAGCUAAACCUUGCUUCCUACCCUUCCCAUUUUCUCUCAUCUCCAACAACCAUCACCUAAUUAGGUAAUGCUUCCCCAAUUCUUCUACAAUUAACCGUUCGUUCGUUUGGGUUAAGGUUUGGGUUUGUUCAUUUUGGCUAUGGAUUUACCUCCGUUGACCGGUGGAGGUGAAGAAUCGGGGACGCCAUUCGAGUGGAGUGAUCUCUUUGACUUUACAAUCGAUGAUCAAUUACUACUUAAUCUCGACUCUUCUGACAAUCAGAAAAUUCAGAUUGAAACACCGGUGGUGACACCGGCGGCGGUGGGGGAUGGCGAGGGGUUUGGGAAGACGCUGCCGGUAAAUGGAGGAGGUGAGGGGUCGGCUGAUCGGGUGAGGAAGCGAGACCCGAGGAUGAUUUGUGAGAAUUUUUUGGCUGGGCGAGUGCCGUGUGCUUGUCCGGAAUUGGAUGCGAUGAUGGCCGAAGAGGAAGAAGAGGAAGCUGGGCCGGGGAAGAAGCGGCCAAGGAUGGGGAGGACUCCUGGUGUUGCUAAGUGUCAGGUGCCUGGGUGUGAGGUUGAUAUUCGUGAGCUUAAAGGGUAUCACAGGCGACACCGGGUUUGUUUGGUGUGUGCCAAUGCGAGUUCGGUUCUGAUUGAUGGUCAGAGUAAAAGAUAUUGUCAGCAAUGUGGAAAGUUUCACGUGCUGUCAGAUUUUGAUGAAGGAAAACGUAGCUGUAGACGUAAACUGGAGCGUCACAACAACAGACGGCGAAGGAAGUCUUCAGAUUUCAGAGGAGCUGUUGAAAAGGAACCUCUGGGUGAUGUGCAGACAGAAGAUGUUUUUUCUGAUGGUGAAGCAGGGAAAGAUAAUGCAUGGUCUAGCAGUCAAAUUGCUGAGAGGGAAGAUUCUAAAGAUGGAACUUUGUCAAACCUUUGCUCUGCUUUGGAAUCUCAGAACAUCGAAAGUGACAGUGUUUUGACUUUUACUCAAGUGAAUAAAGUAAUAGAUAAUUUGGAGCAAGAUUCUUCUCCACCUUCCGACACAAAGAGUGCUUACUCAUCUGUGUGUCCUACAGGUCGAAUCUCUUUUAAACUUUACGACUGGAAUCCAGCAGAAUUCCCUCGACGACUUCGGCAUCAAAUAUUCCAGUGGUUGGCAAGCAUGCCUGUUGAGUUGGAGGGAUAUAUCCGUCCUGGUUGUACAAUAUUGACUAUAUUUGUUUCAAUGCCGCAGUAUAUGUGGGUUAAGCUGUUUGAUGACCCUGUUUCAUACGUACAAAGCUCUGUUGGAGUUGGAGGAAUCCUGUCUGGCAGAGGCGCUGCUUUGGUUUACUUGAAUGACACGAGUUUUCGCAUUAUGAGAGAAGGAGCUUCCGUGAUGAAAGUGAAGGUUGCUGUUCGAACUCCAAAACUUCACUAUGUCUAUCCUCCUUGUUUCGAGGCUGGAAAACCAAUGGAUCUUCUUGCGUGUGGAAGCAAUUUACUUCAGCCCAAGUUUCGGUCUCUCAUAUCAUUUGCUGGGAAGUAUCUUGCACAUGAUUACUAUGUUGCUUUUCCACGUGGAAAGGGAGAAGACAAGCCUACCAUUGACCAUGAUCGUCAGUUCUGCAGAAUAUAUGUGCCACACACUGAACCAAGUUACUUUGGUCCUGCAUUUGUUGAGGUGGAGAAUGAGUGUGGUCUAUCCAACUUCAUACCGAUUCUGAUUGGAGAUGAGCAUGUCUGUUCUGAAAUAAAAAUGAUACAUCAAAAGCAUGAUUGCUCUUAUUGUAGAAAAAAGUUACACUGUAAAUCUAGUGGUUCUUCAUAUGGAACUUGUGAAAUUUCAUGCUCAAGACAAGCUGCUUUGUCCGAGUUUAUGCUGGAUGUAGCAUGGUUGCUUAAGAGGCCUUGUUCUGAGAAGCUUCACUGCAUCUUGACGUGUUCUCAGAUUCAGAGAUACAAUGGCUUGUUAAAGUUCUUAAUAAGCAAUAGAUCUACUUCCAUCUUGGAAAAAAUUUUACAAUCUCUGCAGAUUGUGUUCGAUGAGGUGGAUUCCUGUGAUGUGACCAAUGAUGAUACUGAUAUUGAUAGGAGGUUGUUGAAGGAACAUAUUGUUCAUGCUAAAGAUUUUCUUCGUCAAAGCGCCCAUAAAAAGGAAUUGAUCUUGCAUCAGGCUGAGGGUUGUAUUCCAAAAGUUGACAAGUGUUUGGGAAGUUUCGCUCACGAUGACUUGCUGCCUGUUGAUCGUACUGCUUGUCAGGUUACAGAAAUGAGAGUAGACAAUAAUUGCACAGUUUUGGAAUAUUCAAAUUCUCAGAAUGAAGGGGAAUCUAUUUCACUUAUAAAUGGUGAAGUUACAAUGAAUGUUAAAGACAACAGAGAAUGGGCAAGGAAAUCAUGUAACAACGUGAUAUCAAAGAAAUUCGUAAAUACUCGGCCAUUAGUUUAUAUGAUUGCUGUAGUAGCUGUUUGCUUUGGUGUAUGUGCAGUUGUCUUGCACCCUUACAAAGUUACCAAAAUUGCUGUAACUAUCAGAAGGUGUGUAUUUGACAAUACUUGAUAGUUGUGUGACUAAGAUGGUCAUCAACCUGACCAUGUAUGAGGAAUUGCCUGGAUGGAUCUAGACGGCAAAGCCCUCAUGUAACUAAGACGGUCAUCUACGCCACAAUUCCAUUGUAUAAAUCGUAUUCAGAUUGUUGUGGUUAUGACUGCAUAGGAGCUCCAAAAUCUUGAUUCAUCAUGCUGGAGUUAAUUUUUUGUAUGUAUGCAGCUGCUCUUGUACAUAUAUAUAAGCAUGUCAAAUAAUAUUAGUUAGGGAUUUAAAUUAGGUAGAGAUUUAAUUUUAGACCCUCUUUUAUUUAGUUUUAUGUAUCCUAUAUUUCAAUAUUUGUAUUGAAACGAGCAGCAAAUCUUUUACCCCAGUACAGUUUUAGUUGUAUA